AUGGCAUUACCUGGAAAUAGGGAUACUGUAGAGGUGAAUAGUAGAUCGAAAGAUCGCGUCUCAACCCUGGAAAGAUUAGAAGAAGGAACCAACCUCUCAUCAGGAAGAAUCCCAGCUAAGGAAAGACUGGCAAUUCCUAGAGAAGAGCUAAAUCCAUCUGCAGAGCGUAUCUCAGCCUUAGAGAGAAUUGAAGCACCUCAUACGGAGCAAGCUGGACAAACGGGACUGUCAAGCUCCAUUCUGGCUAGGCUGCAAGAUGUUGCGGUUCAAUACGAGAAUGAAGAAUAUGAGAGUCCUCUUCUAGGUGAAGGAUCAUCGCGUAGACCUCCGAGCACCACACAAGCAGUAACUCAACAGGAGACUUCAAGAACUCCAGCUACCCUCCGCUUGGGUUCUUUCUCAAACACUGGUAAGAGGAAAAAUCCCCCUAAAUCUUCAGCAAAAAAAGGAAAUCAAGCUAAACAAACUACCCAGCGCAAACCAAAUGCAAGAGUAACGGGGACGACUAGAUCGAGAGGUUUGAGAAGCCCACUUCAAGGAGCUAAAGCAUCUAAGCAACUAGCUGCGAGAGUAAGACCACCAGCCCGAUGGAGGGAAAAAAGCGGGAACAAGCAGAGGAGGCACAAGUAG